UAUGCAUAGCUCCGGGGGCGUGCAACGCGGCGAUCGGUGGUGCAUGGAAAGAGCCGAAGAGGUCGGCUCGAUCAUGUGAUCAGCUGUGUCCAAUCACAUUUGAUCGCAUGUAAAUAGAGAAAUGCCAGUUAUUGACAUUCCUCUCCUCACGAGCUGUCACGCUGACAGCUCGUGAGGAGUGGAGAGUCGGGGACAUGUACACUGAUCAUCAGGGCACUGAUGAUCAGUGUGCCCUGAUGAUCAGUGUAGCCCCAGCAGUGCCACCUGUCAGUGUCCAUCAAUGCCAGCUGUCAGUGCUCAUCAAUGCCACCUGCCAGUGCCCAUCAGUGCCACAUAUCAGUGCCCAUCUGAGCUGCCUUUCAGUGUCACCUAUCAGUGCCAGUCACUGCCACCUAUCAAUGCCGGUCAGCACCACCUAUCAGUGCCAUAUAUGCGUGCUGCCUUUCAGUGCCCAGCAG